CUCGCUGCAGCUUUUAGACGCGACCUGCUCAGCCUCGGUCAACACACUUGUCAUCAUGAUGGAGGAAACGCAGGAGACUGUAGCAGCCGAGUGAAGAGGACUGAACGCUGCGGCUCCGCCACAUCCACACCGUUCAUUUCACCUGGUGCUGUUUAAAAAAGAAACCCGGAUCCGGACUCAGCUCAGCGAGGGCCCCGGAGGACUCAGCCGCAGACAUGAAGCACUUCCUCAGAGUGGUGACCCAGUUCUUCGUGUUCCUCUACUGUAAACUGCUGUGGCGGGGCCUGAAGUUUGUCGCCAGGAAGUUGACGGGACGCUGCGAGCUGCAGAGGAUCUGCUACAACAACAAGCAUGGAGCCCGCAGGACCCUGAAGAUUGAGUCGUCCCUGAGGUACUCCAAGAACGGGCUGCUACAGUCGGCCCUCAGCGUCCAUCCUGAUAAAGUGGACAAAACCAUUGACGACAUCAUGGCCUUGAAGAAGAUCAACCCUGACACCAACCCACAGCUGGGCAUCUCCCUGCAGGCCAGUCUGCUGCAGAUCGUGGGCUACAGGAGUCUGGUGAUGGAGGUGGAGAAGCUGCGCAGGGAGCCGUACGACUGUGAAAACUCGGAGCACGAGGAGAUGCUGAUGAAGCUGUGGAAGGAGCUGCGUCCCGACACACCUCUCACGGGCCGCAUCUCUAAACAGUGGUGUGAGAUCGGUUUCCAAGGCAGCGAUCCCAAGACCGACUUCAGAGGAAUGGGUCUGCUGGGCCUCCAUAACCUGCUGUAUUUUGCAGAACACGACAAGGCCACUGCUCUGCAGAUGCUCAACGACUCCCUGCAACCGAAGCACAAGAGCACAAACCAAAAGCAAAGUGAGAUUAACAAGCCUGAAUGGGAACAGAAGAACCUUGACAAAGCUAUUGGUUACUCGUUUGCCAUCGUGGGCAUCAACAUCACCGACCUGGCUCACUCUCUGCUGGUGAGUGGAGCUCUGAAGACUCACCUGUACAACGUGGCCCCGGAGAUGCCCAGUCUGCCGCACCUCCAGCAGACCUUCUGUUACCUGAUGCAGGAGUUUCACCGCUUCUGGAUCGAGGAGGAUCCCAGCGACAUCAUGGAGUUCAACCGGAUUCGCUCCAAGUUCCACCGGAGGAUCCUGCGACAGCUGAAGAACCCGGACAUGGCUCUGUGCCCCCACUUCGCCGCCUCCGACCUCCACCUGGUCAACCUCUAAACACACACACACACACACACACACUGACACCCCCCCACUGAGCCCAACAGAGGCCUCCCCUCUGUGUCUGCCAUCUGAAAAUCAGAAAUCAGAAAACUGGACACACGUGGGGAGGCUCUGGUCCUUGUCUGCUCCGCCCACCUUGUCCCAGCUAACGUCAUGUCGCGUCACUGCCAACAGCUCACACACACACACCUACACACACACACCUACACACACACACACACACAUGCACUGCCUCUGCGCCCUCACUGCAGCGUCAGACCACCAGCAUCAGAGAUGACCAUAGCGAUUGUAGCUGUGCAUGAGGAGGCUGCACCACACCCCCCACAGACUCAUCGUCACCUGUUGCUUUAAUGAUUCAUGACGAUUGUAUCACAGCCUUUGCACCUCAGUUAAACCUUCUGCUUAUUUUAACAACAAACCAAAUUUUACUUUCCCAGCCAAAAAAAAAUAAUUUAACCUAAGUGAUCAUCAGCUCAGAAUAUUCUGGCAAUCAGCUGCUCGGGUUUUUGUAUUUAAACUGAAGAGCUAUUGAGGAAUAAUGUACAUAAUGAAGUGUGAGAGAGAAGUGAAGCUGGCGCUGAUUCAAUCAAACAUCACAGGGCCGGCUCAGCUCUCCACUCUGCCUGUUUGAGGUCAAUACUACAGAUUGUACUGUAGAUUCUCAUCAUGUCGACACGACAUUAACACCUAAGACUCCUACUUGUUGCCAAAAUACAGUUUAUGGGUUUUUUACCCCCGUCUUUUAUUCAAGAAUGUGGUGUUUCAAUUGAUUCCACGUUCAGAUUUUGUGAUGCUUUCCCUCAAAGUCACUGCUAGGGCUAAGAUUUGCUCUGCUUGUGCUCGAACACGGACUUCAGACAGAUUCCCUGCGCUCUAGCUUCAGCUCUUGGAUUUCUCCUCUACUUUUUCAUUUUGUUUUAUGCCAAAAAGUCCUUCAAUAUUCCCCAGACAACAAUACGUCAGGUGAAGUGACGACGAAUGAAAUUGAGCAUGAGAAGAGCAAAUCAAACCAGAUGAAGCACAAGCAGGAGCCAGUGAAAGCGUCUGAACGUGAAAUCAACGAGUUCCACGCAAAACCACACUCUGUAAUAAAAGUAGGAAAACAAACACAUGCAAACAUCGAAUGUUGAGAACUUUAAAUCACAGCAGCGGUUUGUUUCUCAUGAGCUCAAAUCUAAGUUUUGUAAACCUGUUAAAUGAUGCUCAUAAAGUUUUUUUUCAAAUAACUUGUUUGGUUGAGCUACAGAUUUUAAAUCAGAAGCAAUACUAUUAAUAUUUUGACUCAUUUAUUCCCUUCUACGUAUUUACGCUGAAAAAACAAUUUAAAAUUGUUUUAUGAUUGUUAUUUUUACAGGUUUACAAAAAUCUUUUGCCUUUUUUUGACUCCAUGCAUUUAUUCUGUUACGAAUGUUUCUCACACUCACGAUUGUUUGAUUCUAUUAAUUCCUUCAUUGAAUGUGACACUGUGUCCACUGUUGUAUCAGCCAAAGCAAUAAUUUACAUUCACUCCACCGCACAUCUCUGAGCCUCAGUGUUUUGUUUUGCUUUCUGACUCCGAGCUGGAAUAAUAAUGAUCGGAACAGAAGCUGCUGCUUGUCGUAUUUAUUAGAGAUGAAGUGUAACUGAAACAUUAGCGUAAUUAUGGUGAACACACGUCUGGCUGCUUCUCGUAACGUCCAGGUUUGGAGGGAACAUCUUUGUGAGAGUAAAAACCUAUUUGUCCUCGUCAGUGAGGUCAGACGUCGGGGGCCGAGGGGGAUGAUGGGAACCAGUGAGGUCAUCGUGUUCCGGAGAAUGAAAGUGGUUUCAGAUCUUUUCCACUAUGACGUCAUUUGCUUCAAGUUUAGCUUUUUCUUUCCUCCAGUGUGUUAUAAUGGUUUUUCUGUGACUAUAAAAACCUGAGCUGUGUGAACCACAGCGCCACCCAUUGACCGUACAACAGAAUUACAAUUUAACCCCCGAACACCCAUAUUUAACUCCUGCACUUAUUCUCUCUCAAGCAUCAACCACCAGGACACGUGAAGCUGCUACAGGGAGGUGACCGUGACAAUUUAAAAGGCUAAAGAUGGAAACGUUGACCAGCCACUCAACGUUUCCUGUUCUCUAAGAGGAAUUUACACAGACAGAUGUCACCGUCACUGCCUGUAUCCUUCUUUUCACCUGUUCUCCACCAGUUAUUCAAUUAAGAGGUAAACUGGUUGAUUAAUUAACAGCAGAAAUGUGAGGAAAGUCUAUAAAAAUGGAAGAAAUGUGUUUUUCUUCGUAACUAUCCUGUUAAUUAUCUCGUGACAGCCAUCUUUUUGAACUACAUAUGGUUUACAGCAAAAAUAUAACAAAUAGCAUGCUGACCUAACACAUCACGGGGCAUAAUCUGAAACAGAUAAACCACAUUUCAAUUAACUACUUUCAGAUUUUUAUGUGAAACAUUAUUGAAUUUCACUGAGAAAACCCCCAGAAUCCUUCACUGUCUGCACAGCGUCACUUUGAUUAUUAUCUCAGCUCCGAGUCGCACUUUUGAUUUUCACCGAACGACAAAUGAAACAAAAGCUUAAAUCUGUCUCACGUCUUCUUCUCCUUCACCGUGUUGCUUCUCGCCAACACGAGCGUUGGCCUCGUGUGCGAGAGGCCGACGGCUCCGACUAAUAGUUUUCUCUCUUUUGCUGCCAUGCCUGCACUUGUUGAUUGUGUUUGAAUCGUGUGGAAUAUCUCCGUCUCAUUGAAGUGAAUGUCAACGCUUCUCGUCAGUAUUUACGCAGCCGUUUGCUUCGCUGAAUGUCAGUCGCUGGUUCCAUCUCCUGCUUGCAACUUCUUUUGCUCUGCUAUGGUCAGCUGUGCACUACUGUAAAAAAAAAAAAAAAAAAGAUGCAGUUUCCUUUGUGAUAUAGUGAAUUUAGAAAUUUGUGGUAUUUGGAGUCUGAGGGCCGACGUGUCUCAUGAUCCUUUAGAUGAAGUUAGCUACAUGCUGCUGUAUAUUCUGCUUCGAAGCUGCCUUUAAGACUGCAAUCUGCAUGCUGAUGAUUUUCAGUGUUCUUCAGUAAAAGCCCAACAUACAGUACUCCUGGAUAUUGUACCGAUGUGCUUCGUUUGUCUGUGUUGUCCUUUUUGAGAACACAAUAAAAAACUGAUCAUUGA